AUGGAGGCAUCCGGCUUCAAGUAUCAUUUCUCGUCUAGAGCAACGUGGAAACAAAUUAGUUCUGCAGCUCCGAGGAUGUGGUGGCACAAGAUAGUAUGGUUCGCUCAUGCGAUCCCUCGCUAUAGUUUCAUUACCUGGCUUGUCGUAAGGGAUAGACUAUCCACCGGGGCCUGCCCUUAUUCUUUCACCAUUUGGAACUGGCUCUGCUGCAGUUUACUCGGACAGAGAAUAAACCCAGAUUGGGAGAUUACUCUCCGCUCUCUAACCCGACAAUCCAUAAACAGAGAUGAAUCUCUAUUGCUUCGCCUUGCUCUUCAAGCUACUGUCUCGGAGUUUGGAGAGAACAGAACAAUAGAAGACACCAUCAACCCCAUGACCAGUACUUCUCCUUACCAGGAUCAUUGA